UCUUUCUCUUUCUUAAGUUGCUACAACGUUGACCCAUUGCUCACGCUAGCUAGUCGCUCUCUCUCUCUCUCGCUGCGAGCUGGUUAGGAUUUUCUUCAGUGUUUCCUUCUUAUUGAAAUUUGAAGGAGAGACAAAGACAGACCCUUUUACUGAUUCUUCUUUGUCCUUUUGGCGUUGUUUUUACCUCUAAUUUUCAAGUCAAUCCCCCGGUGUAGUCUUUCUAAUUUCCCUUCUCUUUUAAUUGUUGUCAUCAUUAAUUGUUCCUUGUUUACGCGUGUCUGAACUCGAGGAAUGAUAAAUUAAUACCGGGUGUACUUUGAAUUAUUGGGUUUGGUUUUGUUACUUCUCUCUUGGGUUCUUUUAUGAUCAUUUUGUACUUCGAGAUUUGGUCCUUUUAGGGAAGGGUUGCAGUUAAAGAUUUGCUUUUCAUUUUUUUUCUUUUUCCCCUUUGGAUUGGGAUUUUAGAUAGUUUUCAAGUAGAUUCAAGUUUCGGUAUUAUGUUGUUGUGAUAAAAGAUAAGAGGCAAGCUCUUUGCUUUUUUAGCAUAUCAGUUCUAGGGUUUGCUUUUCCUUUCUUUUUUCUUUUCUUAGUGUGAUAUUAUGAUAUAUUAGGUUUUUGGAGCUUUGAUUUUGGAGUCUUCCUGUUACUCUGAAGCUCUUUUAGUGGAUUAUAGAAAUUAGUAUCUGGCUUAUUGUAGAAAUUUGUGUAGUCUUGGAGCUUGAAUACUUGAAGUUCUGAAAUUUAAACUCUUUUGUGGGGUUUGAAUGGUUUUCUAAGAAGAUUUAGAUUGGGUUUUCCUGGAGUGAUCUUAAAUUGGGGUUUUCCAGUAUGGAUAAUUCGAAAAAUAGGCAGCAGAAUGAUCCUUUGGGUGUGAACAAGUUGGGUAAGAAUAUAAGGAAGAGCCCAUUGCAUCAACCCAAUUUUGCAAACAAUGCUAAUAAUGCUAAUAGGCAACAACCUCAGCCUCAGGUAUACAACAUAAGCAAGAAUGAUUUUAGAAACAUUGUUCAGCAGCUAACUGGUUCUCCAUCACAAGAACCUUUACCCAGACCACCACAAAACCCACCCAAACCUCAAAGUAUGCGGUUGCAAAAGAUUAGACCGCCCCCUUUGACUCCCAUCAAUAGACCCCAUAUUCCUCCUCCAGUCCCAGCUCCAGCAGUAGCACCACCACCUCCAGUUCCUUUCAAUAAUAACUUUGCAAGGCCUGGUCAAUUUGGACACCCUUCUCCAACGAUGAUGCCGCCAAUGGCACCUGGGGACUCAGCUUGGGCAAAUACAGCCGAGUCUCCUAUCUCAGCUUACAUGCGAUAUCUUCAGAAUUCGAUAAUGGAUCCUAGUCCGAGGGGAAACCAAGCUCAACCUUCAUUACAACAACUGCAAGCACAAGGUCCAGCUUAUAUUCAUCCUCAGCCGCCAUCUUCUGGUUUACUUCCUAAUCCCCAUAUGCCUGCACUGCCCUCACCAAGAUUAAAUGGCCCUGUUCCCCAUGUUACUAACCUCCCCUCCCCACAAAUGAAUGGCCCUGCCCUUUUACCCUCACCCACAUCGCAGUUUCUCUUGCCAUCACCGACUGGUUACAUGAAUUUGUUGUCUCCACGGUCACCGUAUCCAUUCUAUUCUCCAGGGGUUCAGUUUCCUCCACCACUAGCGCACAAUUUCACAUUUUCCCCUAUGGCUCAGUCAGGGAUUUUAGGUCCAGGUCCUCAACCUCCACCGUCGCCAGGCCUUGUAUUUCCAUUAUCACCUACAGGUUUUUUCCCUCUCUCAAGUCCAAGAUGGAGGGAUCAAUAGUUCAAGAGGUGACAUUGUUGUUUGCAGAUUUCUGUGGUGACCUGGUACCUCUGUUGUUGAAGCUCGAAUUCAAUGCACAGGAACUUCAUCCAUGAAAUGCUUGUAUACUGCUUGUGUAAGAGGUCCUCUGAAAACUUGUUUUCAGAUUAGAAUCUGUAACGACUGCAAUGUAUUGAAUCUCUUGGACAACAUAAGUGUUACCUUAGGUGUAGUUAAGUUCAGACCCAACAAGAAUGCACCUGGACAAGAACUGUAACAUGAAGACAGAAGAGUAGCAUGAAGAAAAAAGAGUAGGCUUACAGACAAAAAAAUUUAGCAUGUAGAUUAUGCCACAAGAAUUCUUGUGUGGUUGUACUCUUGUGGAUUAAAUCUCAAUAAAGUUGAAGUUUGAAUUCUUCCAUUA